CUUCAUUUUAUCUAUAAAAAAGCUAUGAAAUUAAACCAAACCAGGCUUCUUAUUAGCGAGCCAACCCUUAACCAAGGCGGGCAGUUUGCCCUUCACCAAGUUCAAGCCCAAACCGGGCAAAUUAGCCGCACGGAACUCAAUAAAUUCCAAAACUAUAAAUACUUCACCGAACAACAAGCUUUAAAUAUUCUUAAACCCUUAUUAGCCGAGCAAAAGCUAACUUUAACUUUUAGCGAUGAAAAAGACCGUUAUUUUGAGACCCGAAAAAAAGACGGAGAAAAAGAAUGGGUGGUCGAGUAUUUAAAGCAAGCCAUCCUCACUAACUGCGAAAAACCCGACGAACAGCUAACCUUUAACUUUUGGGCUAUCGGCUCUAAUUCCGACCCGGCCAAAGCCAAAGGCUGUGCGGAAACUUACGCCAUUAAAUACUUCUUAACUAAAUUCUUCCUUAUCCCCACCACCGACGAACUAGACCCGGACAUAACCAAACCCCACGAACACGCUAAUCGGCUUAAAAACGGUCAACAAGAAACGGCCGAGCAAAUCCAAAAGCGUCACCAAGAACGCGACCAAAAGCGAGAAAAUGAACUAAAAGCCAAAUACGGAGCCGACUGA